AUGUCGCAAUACUACGGCGCGCCGCCGCCGAACCAGGGCUACGUUCCGUCUGCGGCCCAAAAUCUCCAGUUCUACCCGUCCUCGUACGCACAGCCUGUCUCGGGCCCCGCGACGCCCUCACAAGCCUACAACUACGGCGGGCCAUCGUCGUCGGGAGGCUAUGGGGUGUCGGGCGGCUUCAACGCGGGCUUCGGCGCCGCGCCGGGCGUGUCCGGCCGCAUGGGUGAGCAGGGCGGCCUCCGCACCGGGAUAUUAGCGGCCUUCUCGACCGAGGGCUACGACGGCGAGCCGCCGCUACUGGAGGAGCUAGGCAUCAACUUUCGGCAUGUGCAGACAAAGACCCUCGCCGUUCUCAACCCCUUCAGCCGCAUUGACCAGCACCUGAUGGACGACAGCGACAUGGCGGGCCCCAUACUCUUCUUCCUGCUCUUCGGCACGUUCCUGCUGCUGAGCGGACGGGUGCACUUUGGCUUCAUCUACGGGCUGGCGCUGUUCGGGUCGGUCAGCCUGCACACGAUCCUGUCGCUGAUGGCGCCGGCGGACGGCCCGUCGGGCGGCGGCGUGUCGGCGACGAGCCAGGCGACGCCCUACGCGCCGGCCGCGCCGUCGUACCCCGGCCAGCCGACGGCGGUCGAUCCCACCGGCGGCGGCGGCGCCCACUCGGGCGGCCUGACGUUUACGCGGUCCGCCAGCGUCCUGGGCUACUGCCUGCUCCCGCUGGUUGCCACGAGCCUCGUCGGCAUCGUCAUGAGCAUGGACACGCCGCUGGGCAUCGUGCUCACGUGCGCCGCCAUCAUGUGGUGCACCUACUCGGCCUCGGGCAUCUUCUGCGCCGUCGGCCGCCUCCGCAACAUGCGCGUCCUCGUCGCCUACCCUCUGGCCCUGUUCUACGUUGGUUUCGGCAUAAUGAGCGUCUUCAGCAGCCGCGGGAGCGGCCUGCCCUCAAAGGCGAGCGCUCCCAUCGGGAUUUGA